AUAAUAACAGGGGGAAUAAAACCUAUAUUCUGAUUUACCAAUGUGGCAUAUAUGUAUAUAUAUACAGGAGGGACAUAGGGUGGGAGAAAGAGAGAAAGCGGUUCGGUAACGUGUGAUCGUGAGUGAAAACCACAACAAAACAAAAAAGGUUUCGUUGAUAAAAUCUUGGGAAUGAAUAUUCCAAAUAGAACUUUCUCAACAUCUGAAAAUUGCAAUGCUUCAAGUGAUGCUUCCUUUUUUUCCACCUCUCUGCCUCUUCUUCCUCACCAAAACCUCAAUCUUAUCAAGAACCACCAUCCUCCUCCUCCUCCUCUUGAUGAAAUUGCUUCCGGGCUAAACCAUUUCAAUGAUGAUCAUGAUGACUCACAUCCACUUGAAAGCAUGCUUCCCGGUGAUGAGGAACAGCUUUUGGCUGGUCUAAUGGACGACAUAAACUUAACUUCAUUUUCAAAUACAUUGGAUGACUUGGAAGAGUAUGAUUUGUUUGGUAGUGGCGGAGGUCUUGAACUUGAGACUGACAGUUCAAACAAGACCUUCCCAAGAAUGAGCUUUGCUGACUCCAAACCACCUGAAAAUGGUAUUUUCAAAACUGGAAUGGGGUCGGUUGCUGGCGAACAUCCAUAUGGUGAACACCCUUCAAGGACUCUGUUUGUUAGAAACAUUAACAGCACCGUUGAUGAUUUAGAACUGAGAGCUAUCUUUGAGCAAUAUGGAGACAUCCGAACUCUGUAUACAGCCUGCAAGCAUAGGGGUUUUGUAAUGGUCUCCUAUUACGAUAUCCGUGCUUCAAGAGCAGCUAUGCGAGCCUUACAAAGCAAGCUGCUUAAAGGGAGGAAACUUGACAUUCAUUUCUCUAUCCCUAAGGAUAAUCCAUCAGAGAAAGAUGUGAAUCAAGGAACUCUUGUGGUUUUCAACUUGGCUCCAUCAGUUUCAAACAAAGACCUUGAAAACAUAUUCGGAGCUUAUGGCGAGAUCAAGGAGAUAAGGGAAACACCAAAUAAGAGGCAUCACAAAUUUGUUGAAUUUUUUGACGUUAGAUCAGCUGAUUCAGCUCUCAAGGCUUUGAACAGGACUGACAUUGCUGGAAAGCGUAUCAAGCUUGAACAUAGUCGUCCUGGUGGUGCUCGUCGAAAUAUGAUGUUGCAAAUGAAUCCAGAGUAUGAGCAAGAUGAUUCACGUAGCUACCUGAAUCUUUCUGAUUCUCCUUUAGAUAACUCUCCUGCUGGUAACUUCUGGGGUAAUAGUCCUAUUGAUCAUCAUAGUCCUCUACAAAGCCUCAGCAGGUCUCCACUGAGUCCAACAACACUUUCUUCGUUUCUGUCUUCUCAAAGAGCAAACCAAACAAAAGACUCAUGGGUGAGCAAUGAACAAGGAAGAAGGGUCAGCCACUUUUCAAGCUACAAAGCUUCUGCUUUUCAGCAAACACAGUCUUAUGGUACUGCUUCCUCGUAUGGCUCUUUGAACUCAAACCCGGGUCAUGUGGAUUCAUUGUCUGGACCAGAGUUUUUGUGGGGAAGUCCUAGUUCUUCAGUUCGGCAUAUGAAUCCGCUCUCUUCAAACGGAAUAGCCCACAUGUUUCAAUAUUCAGCUCAAAAGGGGCAUCAUCAUGUUGGAUCUGCGCCGUCUGGAUUCUUACCGAGGUCUUCUGAGACUUCAUCAUCGAUGAGUUCAGCAGCAGCUUUCCGAGGAGCAAGUGGUAAUGUAGCUCCAAGAAACAUGCGUGAGACUGGAUCCCCAAGUUUCAAAAAGGUGUCUGCUCCAAGACAUAGUCAACUGUUUAUGGGCAAUGGCUCUUCUUCUUACCAAUGGCCUGUUGCAACAACCGCUUCUAUUGACGGACCAUUGGAGGAUGGUAGGAGUCAACAGCUUGGCAGUAGUAACAUGAACCAAGUGGACAGCAAGAAACAGUUUCAGCUCGACUUGAGUAAGAUUAUGAGCGGUGAAGAUUUACGGACAACCUUGAUGAUAAAGAACAUCCCUAAUAAGUACACCAGGAAGAUGCUGUUAGCUGCCGUUGACGAGACAAACAGAGGAACUUAUGAUUUUCUGUAUCUGCCUAUUGAUUUCAAGAAUAAAUGCAAUGUGGGUUAUGCAUUUAUCAAUAUGGUGUCUCCUACUUUCAUCGUUGCAUUGUACGAGGCCUUUGAUGGGAAAAAAUGGGAUAAGUUCAACAGCGAGAAAGUUGCUUCCUUGGCUUAUGCCCGGAUCCAAGGCAAAACUGCACUCAUGGCUCACUUCCAGAACUCAAGCUUGAUGAAUGAAGACAGGCGUUGCCACCCUAUUGUCUUUGAUGGAACAGAGUCUAGCUAUCCGUUUAUCAUGGACCUGGAGCAUUCACAGGACCAAAGCACACACCGAAGCUGACACACACACCCUUUAUUGCCUCUAGUUCAAACGUAAAUAUUCAGUUUCUAGGAUGAAGUGAUGAUGAUGAUAAUGAUAAUCAGUCAACUUACUGUAAAUUGAUGGUUAUGGUUUGGAUUUUUUCUUGGUUUGCUUAAUCAUGUACAUAAGAAUGACUAAGAAUGAUACAUCUUAUUGAUAAUAAAAUAGUGGAAACUUUGUUUUGAAUGACAA